AUGGAAAUGGACAAAAAACAAAAAAAUGAUGAGGUGUCUGAGAAGGACGUAGUGAAGAGAGUGUCCGAGAAGGACGUGGAAAUGGCGGAAAAGGUGGUGAAGGAAGUGAUGGCAAGGGAGUGCAUCGUGGUGCUGGAUAGGAAGGUGUCAGAGGAGACUGGCCCUAGAGGCCUUGGAAACACGGACGUGGAGUUGUGGUCAAUGUCGGGAGCGGAGGUGACGGACCAAAGAGUGGCGCGAAGGACUAGGUCUAAGGUUGCGCGCGGGAUCGACUGCGGUUCUUCGCGGUCGAGCUCGCGGGCAACAACUAUGGAUGAGAUGGAGUUUGAGGAUGCCGCGCCAUCCGGGCGCAAAAGGCGCCUGUCUGAAUAUGACUCAGACUCGUCGGCGGCAAACACCAGUCGCUCUUCAAAGAAGGAGGGGAAGAAAAGAAGCGCUGGUGCCAAAAGCAGAAUAUCGGCUGCAAAGAGGAAAGAACUGGACUCGUUCCGGUAUGAAUUCUUCGAAGGAGGAAAAUCGGCGAUGAACCCGGACGUGACGGUAGAGGAUGUACCACCUAAAACACCUCAAGAAGAUGGCAACACUGCGGCGAAUGAGGCGAUAGAUAGAGUUCGUCUCGCAGUGUAUGAGCACACAGAGGCCAUCGCAGAGUUAAUCCGGAAAUCCGGUAACCUAAAGGGUACGUCGAUCAGGGACAUGAAAGAGGGACUUGCCGGAAUAAACCGGAUAAUAGGCGCCCUAUCGGCUGAUGUGGUCCCGCGCUCUGUCGCGCCCAUCCUGGCCCGAAAUCUCCGGCUGGAAAGGGAGGUGGAGGAACUCCGCAAGGAAGUGGCUGAACUCCGAGCUGCAAAAGCGGCACCGGCUAAGGCCACUCCAGGAGGCGGGCCCUCGUUGGACGACUUAAAGUCUUUCAGGGCCCAAAUUAUGAGGGACGUCGGGGGCACAGUACGCUCCAUGAUGGGGAACUUGAUGGGGCAGUUCAUGGAGGAAGUGAACACCAGGCUUCCUAAGCCCUCCCCAUCAAGCGCCGACCAACUUGCGCAGGCGGAGCAAGGAGCAGCGGUGUCACAGCCUGUCGCUCCAAGCGAAGAAGACCGGGGUCCUGCUCCCCAAAGCCAAAAGGCCGCAAAGGGAAAGAAGGCGCGAAAAUCUGCGCCGCAGGGGCAGCCCCCCGCGGUGGAGCCCCCGACUAUCCCAGCGACACAGCCAGCUGCCGGAUGUUCCUCGUGGGCAACGGUGGUGAGGGGUAGCCGGGGAAAGAUGGCCACAGUACCCGGCCAAGAGGCGGUCGCCGAUCCCCAACCGGCGAAGAAGAAGGUGAACUCGACGCCCCCAAAGAAGACUGGCCCGCCGCUUCCUUCGAGGCUAAAGCCGCCCCGCUCUGCGGCGGUGGUAAUUACCAUCGGAGAGGCGGCGGAAAAGGAGGGCGUCAGUUACGCCAACAUCCUCCGCGAGGCAAAAGGAAAGAUCGACCUCCGCCCCCUCGGAAUAGAGGACAUGCGGCUUAGGCCCGCAAUCACUGGGGGGCGGAUCCUCGAAAUUUCCGGCACCGCUUGUGCAGAGAAGGCUGACGCUCUGGCGUCGAAACUCCGGGCACUAAUCCCGGAGGACGUGGCCAAGGUCUCCAGGCCCUCAAAAACUGCAGAAAUGCGGAUUAUGGGUCUGGAUGACUCUGUGACGCCGGAGGAAAUCGCCGCUGCUAUAGCGCGCGACGGGGAAUGCAACGCGGAGGAUGUACGUGUAGGGGAAAUCCGCCGAAGCAGUCCCUCUAGCCUAGGGUCAUGUUGGGUCCGCGGCCCAGUGAUGGGGGUCAAGAAAGUCACCACCAAAGGGCACAUCCGCCUCGGGUGGGUGACAGCGAAGGCGGAGCUGCUGCGGCAAAGGCCGUUGCGGUGUUUCCGGUGCCUGCAGAGCGGGCAUGUGAGAGGUCAGUGCACCCAAAAGGAGGACCGCAGCGGUCUUUGUUACCGGUGCGGUGAAAACGGGCACAAAGCCGCAGUGUGCACCGCCGCCCCUAGAUGUGUUGUCUGCGCAUCACAGGGCCGGCCGGCAGACCACUGGGUGGGGAGCAACAAGUGCACCCCGCCCAAAAGGAAGGGAGGGAAACGGCCCGCCUCACAGGUCCCAGGCCGUAGGAGUGGGGCAGAGGAGGGGAUGGACACCUCCCCUCCCAGCGAUCAAGCAGGCAGGGCGGCCCAAGCCGCCCCUAGAUCGCUACCGGGCCGGGCUCGGUGCCUGGCGAGGGACAGGUCGUCCUGCGGAGCACGCUGCUGGAAUUUAUUUCAGUUAGCGUGUUCCCCGGGGCGGCCGGGUCGGAGGAGUAACUUCGGCCGCAAGGGCACCAACCUUUGGGCACCUGCCGCACCCAAAGCGUAUUAG